CCCGCCUCUCUCCCAGGGACUGACUCGCACCAAACGUGCGGCUUCUGACCGAGUCCUGACGUCAGUGCUCCCGCACCUUUGACAGACUGGUGUCUGUGUUUGAUUUGAACAUGCUCUAUAUAAAGGCACUGAGCUGCAAGGCGGCGCACAACGGACUCAGAUGCCUAGUUAAUGCCGAGCUAGACAAGCCCCCCAACCCCCGCUUACGGCGGCACCGCGGACACCACUCACCCUUCUCGCCGCCCCAGGCUGAGCUAGGCUGAGCUGGACUGAGCUGGACUGUGCUGUACAGUCCUGGGCUGGACUGGGGUAACUCCGCAGUUGGCUCUGCAGAAGGUCGCGGCUGCUGCGGGCGGAACAAGUUGCGCCGCUGUCCGGGGCUCGGGAUGUCCGCAAUCGGCGGCCCCUCGCUGCUUGGCAGCAGCAUGAGCUGGAAUGGAGAAUGAUCUUUAACAUGAAUCUCGCACAGCCCGGCGGAGGUUUGGGUGGCAACCGGUCGUCCUUAGCACCCCUUUCGUAUGAGGGCAACUUGACCGCCAACGUUUCAAACGGGACCUUCCAAAACUGCAGCGUGCCGCCCCUCAACGCGACCCGGGGAGCGGUUCUGGGGCUGGUCCUCGGACUCUUCAUGUUAUUCGCUUUGGUUGGUAACAUUCUAGUCAUCCUCUCCGUAGCUUUCAACCGACACUUGCAAACAACCACAAACUACUUUAUCAUAAACCUAGCCAUCGCAGACUUGCUCCUAAGUACAACAGUGCUGCCCUUUUCUGUCACCUUAGAGAUCGUAGGGCACUGGAUCUUCGGGAGGAUUUUUUGCGAUAUUUGGGCGGCACUUGAUGUGCUCUGUUGUACUGCCUCCAUCAUGAGCCUGUGUGCCAUUUCAAUAGACCGUUACAUCGGUGUGCGCUACUCUCUGCGCUACCCCUCUAUUGUAACCGAGAAAAAGGCAGUGUCGGUUAUAGUGGCUGUUUGGGCUCUAUCGAUUGUUAUCUCCAUCGGACCUCUCCUGGGUUGGAAACAGCCUGCUCCGCCCGAUGAAAAGGACUGUCAGAUCACACUGGAAGCUGGUUACGCUCUCUUCUCCUCGCUGGGGUCAUUUUACAUACCCUUAACCGUCAUUCUGGUGAUGUACGUUAGGGUCUACAUUGUGGCCAAAAGGACUACCAAGAAUUUGGAGGCUGGUGUGAUGAAGGAGACCUCGGACUCCAGAGAGCUGACCUUGCGCAUCCAUUGCAGGAACAUUCAGGACGAGGCCCUUGCCUCCAGAUCCAAAGGGCCCCAUCUAAGAAGUUCGCUGUCGGUGCGCCUCCUCAAGUUCUCCAGGGAGAAGAAGGCAGCGAAAACCCUAGGCAUCGUCAUGGGCAUGUUCAUGCUUUGCUGGCUGCCAUUUUUCAUUGCCCUUCCCCUGGGUUCAUUCUUUCCAUCUUUGAAACCAACGGAGACUGUCUUUAAAGUAGUAUUUUGGCUAGGGUAUUCAAACAGCUGUGUAAACCCCAUAAUUUACUCGUGCUCCAGUAAAGAAUUCAAAAGAGCUUUUAUUCGAAUUCUGAAGUGUCAAUGUACCCGCAGAAAGCGGCCAGCCUGGCGGGUUUACAAUUACAACUGGAGAAUGAAUUCUCUUGACCAGCAGCGAAAAGACUCAGUGGACGGUGGCUCCUUUAUUUUUGGUGACAAUGACAGAAGGCCAUCAUUGUGCCAGGGUCACACUCUUGUGGACAAGAACAAGCAGCAGAACAUAGAAAUGUGCAGCCUUCGAGGAUGGAGGCUGAUUUCAUCACAACGCCGCUCUUCCUUACAGUCCAAUGGACCAAACAAAAAGUAUGAGUUUCCUGGAAGGACCAUCAAUGGAGAGUAUGGAAUCUGUAAUAGUUCAACCAUACCUACAAAGAAAACCACAGCUUUUGGGCAUUUUGCACCAAAUUCUGAGGGAUUUCAAAAGAGCGUUCCUAAUAAAAAGACGCAUCAUGUCCCAGAAACAAAUAUUUAAACAAGAAUCAAGACUUUCAUUGAAAUGCCUUGUUGUGAAAUGUUAUUUUGGUGUAUGCUAUAAUAUUUACAAAUGUAUAAUUCAUAUCAUAUUAUAAUUGCUAUAUAAAUGUUUUACUCUCAUUGCUGUACGUGUGAUAAUUCAUUGUUUCAGAUGUAUAUUAUGUUACUAUGAAAAUGUCGUACCCUCAGGAAAAUGUUUGUUACCUAGAAUGCACAAUUUACACUUCACUAAAGAUGUUUGUUUGCAUUUACAAGAUCACUGAUAUUUAAACUGCUUUAGUCUAUGUUAGAUGUAACAGUGUCUCACGUAAAACAUGUUUCCUUGAAAAUAACUUUAAAAAUCCAAGCCAUGGAAUAACUGCUGUUGUUGGUUUUGAUGAAAAAAAUAUGUUUGCAGAAGAUUCACAGUGUUCUGCUUUAAAUACCUCUGUAUAGUUGGAUAGUAUGGGACCAUGAGAUCAUGUGGCCAUUUUCAUAUUCCAAUCACUCCUGUUAAACUAGUGUCAGUUUCCCCAGAAGUAACACAAUUUAAUAGAGAAAAAGGCAAGUGAUGGAGUCCAGGCCAGAAGAGAGGACAAGGCACUGGCUCACCUUGAGCCACAAUUCUCAGUAACUGGUUGCUGAUUGCAAAGAUUGGAGAGAGGAAUCAGAUCAGGGAGUGAACAGCCAGAGAAAAGGAAGAUUCAUGAUAAAGCCAUCACAAUAACGUUUUUUUUUAUAAACAGUGAUUUUUACCAAAGACUUCAUCGUAAUAUGGUGGAGUAAGGUGCGUUGCUGAUGCAAUGCUUUAAUCGAUUGUUAUUUAAAUAAAAAAAUAAGUGUUUUAAAUAAAAGCAUGCUCCUCCAA